GUGCAAAAUUUUUGGUAUAUAAGCAGGUAGGACCGAUUAUCUAAAUCAGUUCAGAACAGUCCUCCGAUUGGAAACGACACACGCUUAAUCACAAUCAUGAAAUUCGUUAUUGUCCUCGCUGCCUUCGUGGCUGUUACUUUCGCUGCCCCCCAACAACAAGACAAAGAUGCUGUUAUCCUUAAGAGCGAAAGUGAUAACAUUGGUGUUGAUGGCUACAACUACGCUUAUGAAACCAGCAAUGGAAUUUCUCAAUCCGAACAGGGUCAACUUGUGAAUGCCGGUACUGAAAACGAAGCCAUUGCCGUCCGUGGACAGUUCAGCUACUUGGGCCCAGAUGGCGUCACUUACACUGUAACCUAUAUUGCUGACGAAAAUGGUUUCCAACCUCAGGGAGCUCACAUUCCCCAAGCCAACUAAUUGAUUACGCAAUAGUUUAAAUACGAUUAAGUUCAACCACACUGCCAUUUAGACAAAUCGCUAUGAAACACGGAUUAUGAUUAUGAAUACAAAUUUAAAUCUUGAUUACUAAGUAGAUUAAUCAGUUUAUGGAUUAGUCUGUUGAUAAAUGCAACUUGGCCUGUAUCACAACCAAAAUUAAUUAAGUCACAAUAAAAGAAACAAAUGUUGUACAAAUUUACCACAAAUGUAAAUAUAAAAAAAUAAACAUUAUUGCAAUUUCAAAACAAA